ACCGUUUACCGCACCCGCAAGAAGCCGAAAGCACGACGCACCGCGGCACGCUUGAAGAACGCGCGAAAGCCAGAUCCGUUGACUGUUUGACGCAUUGCAGGUAGAAGUCGACCAAUAGCGAGCGUCGAUCGUACGAGUAGACGUUGUAAACAAGCCGCACCCGACGUUUAAACAUGACAUAUAGCUCGCGGCGAUAACUAGAUCCGUAAAAUACCGUUCUUGAAUUCAAUAAAAUUUGCUUAUAAUGGACCGAUUUGAAAAUUUGGAAAUUGUAAAAUUUUUUUUUGUAAUAAGGUAUAUUAUUCGAUUGGUUUAUUAGAGUGGAAAUACGGUCGUUUCGGCGUAGGAAUAUUUCCACCGGUUAGUGUCGUAGCCGCACUAUUGCGCUUUGGUGGUUUCGCAGCAGUUAACCCCUCUCCUCUCCAACGUCGAUCCUAAACAAAACGAGAAGACAGUUGGCUGGUGCACUUUGACGAGAGGCGUUGUAUGUUACUACGUUGUGUCGACAUUUUUCUGUUUAGUGUACCAAUUAAUCUUUAAAUAUUACCAUGGCUGACCAACUCACCGAAGAACAAAUUGCCGAAUUCAAAGAAGCAUUCUCACUGUUCGAUAAAGACGGCGAUGGUACAAUUACUACUAAAGAAUUAGGUACUGUAAUGAGAUCUCUAGGACAAAAUCCAACUGAAGCCGAAUUACAGGAUAUGAUUAAUGAAGUAGAUGCUGAUGGUAACGGCACGAUCGAUUUCCCAGAAUUUUUAACGAUGAUGGCGCGUAAAAUGAAAGACACAGACAGUGAAGAAGAAAUUCGUGAAGCAUUCCGAGUAUUCGAUAAGGACGGUAACGGUUUUAUUUCCGCAGCAGAAUUGCGUCACGUCAUGACCAAUUUGGGUGAAAAAUUGACGGACGAAGAAGUCGACGAAAUGAUCAGGGAGGCCGACAUCGACGGUGACGGUCAAGUCAAUUACGAAGAGUUCGUCACCAUGAUGACUUCAAAAUGAAGAAAUCACGUGUCGCAUUUUCAGCUUUCCAUUGUUUCAUCCCGGCUCAUUGUCUACAUUUUUCAACACCUCGAACUUUUUUGCUUUGUGGCCGGGCCCACUAAAGUGAAUAACUUAACCGUUAUUUCAUUUACAAGACAAAUUUAAUUAAUAAAUAUAUUUAUAAAUUAAUAUUAUGAUUGUGUAAAUUUUUGUAUAAUAUAUUUUUUUUUCUUUUACCUCGGAUCGUUGCGAAGGAAUCACCGAUCCGUACCGUAUUAAAAAUUCUGUGCUACAUGUUCUAGUUGAGAGUUUAAAAAAAAGUCACAAAGUAUGAAAAAAAACGUACUUAUUAUAAUGAGAAUAAUAAUAAUUAAAAAAAAUUGUUCUAUUUGGUGUUAGUUUAGGGGAUACAGUCACUUCAUACUUUGUGAUGCAUCAUCUGUGCACUUACUAUAUAGUACGUAUCCCCCUUACAUUUUUUUUUAUCCCCAUUUACCCCCUUUCUUGUACCGUAGGUUUUACAUUUUAGUAGCCUAGGACUUUUUAAAUACGCUGGAAAGUAAGCACGUUUUUAUUGUCGUCUUAUAUCGAUGCAUCAUGGAAAUGUUAAUAUUUUUCGGUUCACAUUGUAUAGGGUGAAACGGUCGUUGGAAAUUUGCUCGAAUUUUCUGCAAGGAAAAUUGUUUUCAAUUUCUCAAGACCUAUUACAACCCGUUUCCUGUUAAUUUUUCUAAUUAUUCUUAUUUUUUUUUAAUUUAUUAUUAAUAUAAGGUCCGUAACGUAUCGGUUACAAUGUGAAAUUAUUAGAUGUUUAAAUUUCAAAUAAAUGUGACUAAAAAAAUAUCUUUCCUGUUACUUACUGGUUACCCAAUAUAUUAUUAUUACAAUUAAAACUUUUCUUUAUUUAAAAAUAAAAAUAUUCGAAUUGAAA